GAUGAUAACUUUCGAAUCCGUAUGAGUCACUAUUUUCUAUUGGUUUAAUAGACGAUAGUUGACUCUUUAUUGCCUGUUUGGUGUAAGAAGCGAUACUGGGAAACAAACAAGACUGGGAGAAACUCAACAAAUAAGACACAGACCAUGGGGGACUCCAAUCAGUCAUCAGCAGACAAAAUGUCACCGGGCUCUGACGAAGUGUCAGCCAAUCACCAAUCUGAAGAAUACGAUGAACCAACAAUUGAAUCUGAUGUUGAAGAAGAAUCAAGAGCGGAUGCUGAUGAAGGAGAGACUGAAGAAUUAGUCAUCUUGGAUCCUUCUGCAUCGGAGGUGGAUCUGAAUCAUCGUCGCAUUGCAAAGAUUGAAAACUUGGAGGCACUGACCUGUGUUGAGACACUCUGCCUUCGAUGGAACCUCAUCAAAAAAAUUGAGAAUCUUCACACACUUACGAUGCUAAAGGAACUGGAGCUUUAUGACAACCAAAUAACUGUGAUUGAGAAUCUCUCUAUGCUAGUUAAUCUUGAGGUCUUGGACAUCUCCUUCAAUAGAAUAAGGAAAAUUGAAAAUUUGGAAGGCCUCACAAACCUAAAAAAGCUCUUCUUGUGUGCCAACAAAAUUUCCCGCAUUGAGAACGUCAACCACUUGAAGAACCUGGAACUUCUCGAACUGGGAGAUAAUAAGAUAAGGGUAAUUGAAAACUUAGAUGGCAUGACAAAUCUAAAGAGUCUGUUCCUGGGGAAAAACAAAAUCACAAGACUGCAGAACUUGGAUUCACUCAUUCAUCUGGAAAUUCUUGGUGUACAAAGCAACAGACUUACCAAGGUGGAAGGACUGAGUCGCCUGGUGAACCUCGAGCAGAUUUACUGUUCCCACAACGGCAUUGAAAAGCUGGAGAACCUCGACAACAAUGCCAAACUCCAGACUUUAGAUAUGGCCGUCAAUAGAAUCAAAAAGAUUGAGAACAUCAGUCAUCUCCAUCAGUUAGAGGAGUUUUGGUUCAACAGCAAUCAAAUCAGUGACUGGAAUGACCUGAAGCAACUGGAGAAUGCUAAAGGCCUCCAAACAGUUUACCUAGAGGGAAAUCCUUUACAGAGGGACCCCAACUACCGACGGAAGAUCAAACUUGCACUUCCGUCUCUUACACAGAUUGAUGCAACACUUUGUCGAUAAGUUUGUGAUUUUAAGAGCAAUGCUCUGUCAAGAUCUUCCUUCAGUCUCUGAAACUGCCAAAUUGUCAAACUUCAUAUUGGUUCACAUGUGUUGUGUUUGUCUUGUGGUGCACAUAAUGUCAUGCAGCUAUUUUCUCUGGUGUCAUGUGUGACGAGACCCAUAAACGUCAAAGCUUUUUAUCUCUUUCGAGCAACCACGUUAAAAAAUUGAAAACAAAAAGCAACGCAAAGCACAGCAUUCUUGUAAUCUGAUCAAGCCACCCCAUCCCCCUACACAAAAAAGUGAAGAAGGUGAUAAAAUACUAAAAGCUAUCACCUUGUUUCCAAAAAUGGAGAAAGAGCCUGUGACAUCCAUCCAACUGUAAGGAAGCCGUGUUUCACUUCUCAUGAGAUACAUUGGAGUGUUGGAAUGUUGAGUUGUAUUUAUUAUACUCCUAAUUUUUCUUUUUCCUUCUUUCUUUUCUGUAAAAGAUGGGAUUUUGAAUUAAAGAAAAGGGAGAUAGCAAUAGAUGGGAAUGCUGUAUCUUGUGAUUUUUGAAAUGGGCUGUUCUGAUAGGCUAAUUUGUUAUGUAGAUUAAAUCGUGCAUGUUCUAUUUGAUUGUGCUACUACUAGUUGAGUCGGACGAAUUUCAGACAUACAAGUUUUUGCUUUUGCAGUGUAAGUGAAUAGUCAGUGUAAGGCUGCUAUGUAUUGUCUAAUUCGGCAUAAGCACUGUUUGUGGAACAACCUAUUUCAAGAGCAAAACCAACUUUGCUUCAUGCACCUUCUGUUCAUGUCUUCACAGUGUUCAGGGUCCUUACAAGUUGAACUUCAUAACUAGUUCCAUGGACAGUGAAACUUGUGUCUGGAAAGGCAAUUUACUGUGUGCUACAAUAAUUAUUAUUUUUAUUCUUUUGUUCUUUGUACCUAAAAUCCCAGUGUUAAUGCUGUAGAGGAGUGCAAAAGCACUUACUUAAUGGAUCUCAUUAGAAAUUUUGCCAUUUUGUGUCUAGAGGACUAGGGUUUAUGAGGGGACUGUAAGUAGUAGAUUAUGAGAAUUUCAAACCACUGCAUUUUUAUGUUUCAACACGUAAGCACACAAACACACAAAUAAGGCUUUGCAGUAUGACUUAAGGUUUCAGUAGGUUGUAAGCGAUUUGAUUACCACAUAACUUAUAUCCUGCACUUGUCAGCAAAUCUUUGAUAAAAAAACAAAUUUAAACUAAGGUCAACAUUUGUGAUUUUUUGUUUUUGUAAUGUUAAAACAUUUUUGCAAUCCAUUGUCACAUUGAUGUUUAUAAAUGCUUAAUGUCAGGGGUCUCUGCAGCUAUGUUUAAGAAAUGAUUUACAGAUUAUUGAUGUGGAAUUUCAUGUUAAGGAAAAUUGAACAUUGAAGCAUGAAUCAUGUAAUUAGUUGGAUAUCUGAUAUUUUCACAAAGAAGAAAUUGUGAGAAAGAUGUAAAACACACACAUCAGAAAAGUUGACAUGAUCUGUGACUUUAUAUUUUUCAUCAAGGGUUGCCUAAAACCUUUGAUUGGAAAGAGCUUAGAAAUAUAAAACAUUUAAUAACCUGUUUUGUUAAAUGUGUUUUCAUUGAGGAUUUACUUAGUCAGAAGGAUGCAUGUUGUUCUGAUAUUUUCUUGAAAUUCUGGAGAGCUUGAAAAUACGAAUGGAUUUAGAUAUGUCAGACUUUUUAAAAGUUAUGCAUGAACAGAUUGUUUAUAUAUAUGGGAGGUUUUUCUUCUUUUUUUUUUUUUUGUUUGAUGUAAGUAAAUUUCCAAAACCUAUAUUGUUAACAAAAUUGUGUAUAUAUAUAUUUACUUCUCUUUAGAAGAUGGCCAUACUGGCUUGCGUUGGCAUGUGGAAUAUGUAUGGUCCAUAAACGUUUUCUAUUAAGAGAACAUUCUUAUUUUGUCGUGUUGGAAACAGAAACUUAUUUUUUCUUCUUCUUUUUUUUACUGUUUUGCUGUGGUUUUUUAAUACCAUUUGAUUUUAAAUGUUGUGGAUAACCCAUUUACUGUAUUAAUUUAUUUAAAAUGAAACUUACCAGAAAACGAAAAAAAUACUAAUUACGGCCUGUAAACAGUUAGAAUACUAAGAGAAAUUAAUGAUGGAAGUUUUUUAUAAUUAUUAUUUUUUCUUCUUUUUAAUAGAUAGUUAAUUAAGAAAUGGAUGAGCAAUUGUCCUUUUAAGUAUUAUCAUCCUUCCUGUACUAAUCAAAUACUAAUUGAAAAAAAAGGAGUACAAUAAAUUUUGUGAAUUUCAGUGAUUUCAAAAGAGUACACUUGCCUGUUUCUUUAUAUCAGUGAACAGUGAAGAGUUUCUUUAUCUGGUUAUACUGAAAGACGCUGAAAAAAAUAUGAUUUUCGCAAACAUUGCGAGAUAAAAUACAUACUGACACCUUU